CGUUCAUUGGUUUGGUUCGGGCACCAAGGUAUAGCUACGGUGCCGCAAAACGCUCCCUAUGUGGUCUACACAGACGAGCACGGACAGUUACUGGACACCCUCCCGGUGUGCCAAGAUUUUAACCGGAAACUCUGUAAUCGCCCAGCCUGCAAGUUUGUGCAUCUUCAAGAAGGUCAUGUGGAGGUUGUGGACAUGAAGGUAAUGGUGUGCCGGGAUGCAGUGACGGGGAAGUGUGGUCGCCCACUGUGUAAAUACUACCACAUACCCAUCGCAUUGCCCCCGGCUAAUGAGAUGGCAGCACAGCUGGAGAAUAAAGGACAGUUCUCAAUUUCUCCUUCUGCUGCCAUUGUAGCAGCAGCAGCAGCAGCUGCCGGACAACUUAGGACCAGUGUAACGGUCUCCUCGGGAAAUCCAAAUAGCAUGCUCUGCCAACAAGUAUUUGGCUUCAAUUCCUAGUUUAUCACUCGUGCAGACAAGUCUGUUACUGUCUUUCUCUUUCAAGAGCUUUUUUUUUUUUUUUUGUUUAAAAAAAUGAACUUGUUUAUUAUAAGGUUUAUAUAAUUAUUAUGUCAUGAAGUGACACAAAAUAUAUUAAUUGAUUUAUAAAGCUAAUUUUGCAUUAUAUGAAGUUAUAAGUAUAGAAUACUGGGCAACAUAGGACAUAUUAAGCAUGUUACCACGGCAGUGUCAAUUUGGGAGUGUGGCAAGGUGGGUGGUUAAACUAUCUGAGUGGCAUGACCGUCAGUAAUUGCGGCAGCGAGGAGCACCAAGGUCCACAAAACAUGGAGAAUGGAAAGGUUUUUUAUACUCAUUGUCCUAGUUUCUUUUUGGAAUACACAAAGAAAAGAGUCCCUUUGAAAGGGCUAUUGACAAAACUGUCAUUUUGUAUCGUUCCCCAAGUAGGUUAAUAGUUGAUGAAUACGCUCCUGGGUGUUGAAGUACGUACUUCCAAGAACGUAUGAGGCCUGGGACCGCCCAGCCCCCACUGAAAAUACAACAAAACAAGGAAGAGAAUAGGCUGGACUCAUUCAAGUUUCCGACAAAGGAAGAGGUGCAAGUGAGAUAGAUGGGGAUUAUCAGCACUUACAUGUUACAGACUGAGACCACAUUUCAAUUCAUUAAGACAAAAAUUACAAACAUUAACUGUAAGUGGUAUGGCUUGGCAGAUGGGCGGAAUAGCCUGCAAGAUAUAUUCUAAAGUAAACCAAAUUGUUACAAAAGGGAAUGUAAUAUCUGUGGUCAUCGCAAAAAAGUUGUGCAAUAAUCGCUGAUACAAAAAGCCAGGGAGGUCUGGAAGACUGCAAAAGGUCACUGCCAUGGUAUGAAAAUGAUGUCACCUGUGAUUUUUAUUGUUGAAAUUUUGUUUUCUGCCAAACCAUAUACACAAGAGAAAGAAAAAUCCUGAUUGGUUCUAGUCAAAUGAGUGAUUGUAACUCAGUCUCUAACUGGUGUUCUGUCCUUAGAGGCUGUGACAAAACGUAUUUGGAUGUUUUCCCUUACAAACAUAUUUAGUGCAAACAGGACUCAAGAGCCUCGCAAGAAUGAAAGAGGUCUUGUUUGCACUAUGCUUGUACUGUACUCCGUGAUAUCUCUCAGACGAAAGAAGUGCCACAUUUUUUUAAAACUGAAUAAAUGUUCCUGUACAGCAUUUAAGAAUCAAAGUUAGGUCAGGGCAAAGGUUUUUUCUUCUUAGCAGGCUCGAUAGUACGUUGUUUUGGUUGGAUUCUGUCGGUUAGCAGUCAAAUUGCCCCAGCCUUAAGGAGUUGGUGUUUGGUAUUAAAGGGUAAGAUGUAAGAAAUUAUUGUAAAUACAUAAGCCACACACAUACAUUACUAGAUUUGUUGUAAAAUGAAUGUGAUAAGGUUUUCUGAGAAGGGUAUCGCACUGUAUUUACAUUGUAAAGCAUAAACUCUUGUUUUCGAAAAUGAUUAUAUUGUUUAUAUUUGUCUUGAUUCAAGGUUGAGGUUGAGUGUACCUUCUUGGCAGGUAAUUGGUGUUGUUACGAAACAGAAUGUGUUAUGUAUAUAGUAUAUAAGAAGAUGAAUGGACUUGUGGUCGUUUGACCUCGGAUGAGUUUUAAAAGUGGAUGUUACUUUUAUUCAAGAGUUAGAAAUAGUGACUAUUGAAAAUUUAGGCCAUGUUGUUAAAGAAAAUCUUUCCCUUUAAUACCAAGAUUUAGAAGAGUGAGCUUCCAGAAUUGACUGUAGUCAAGGGUCUAGGCAGCAUUUUAAUGAAAAGUUCCGGCAGAGCAGGGUUAGCUUGAGUCGCCGCUUGCUAGCUUCUAGGUGUUAUCACGUCAUAGGCUUCGGUCAGCUUAUUUUAGUCCCAGACAUGAAUGCCUAAGAAACAGGACGCAAAAUUAAAUUCAGCAUCGCAGGCUUUUCGUCCGCAGUUAGAUUUUUCCGGCACCAGUAGCCCUCGGUUAUGGACGGCUCGUCAGCCACUCUGGCUGCCUAGGUGACGAGGCCCGGAGAGACCCCCAUCCACCCCUCACUGCGGCUUACUGGAAAACAAAGCACUUCCAUUCUUGCUAUCCACAGCAAACAGUAAAAGAAUGCCUAUGCCCCAUUUAGGUACUGGGAAAGACCCAACAGUCAAUGGCAGAUUGAGCCAGCCGUGAGGUUCCACGCCUCCAGUAACUGGCAACAGAAGGUUUCUAUCAUAUAGUUAUAAUGUAGUUGUACGUUAGCCAAGCGAUGUAUCAUGUAAUGUGACACAGUAGACAAUGUAAUCCUUCAGUAAUUAUUUAAAUAAUUAAAGAAACACUAAUGUAUUCAUUCAAGAAUGGACAUGCUUUGUUCGAAGCAACAUAUACCCUUGCAUUUUACAUUGCAUGUAACCUAUUAGGUGUGAUAAUGUAGUUGUUAGCUUUCUUUCUGUCUGCUUAGAUCCAGUUAUUGACCCAGCCACAAAUUGUUUAGUUUGGCUGUGAGAAGGCUUGGCCCCACAGGCAGAGUCUUGUCAAUAUUAUUCCUUGUAGAGUGCAGUGCAUGUAUGCAUGCUUAGACCGCUUUCAAGGAAAGAGGAUGGAUGACUCAUUUUAAUGUCUCUAUAGAUCUCAUAGGUAUUCCAAAACUACACUUCCUAGCCUACCAGUAUAUUCAGUACAUUUAGGUAUAUAUUUUAAUGUGCUUGUUACUCCAUUGGAAAGUGAACGAUAUUAUGGACAUACACUUGUGUAUGAUUAUGUAAAUCCAAAUAUAAUCUUUUAUAAUAAUUAUUUUGGCUUAAAUAUACCCAUGAAGGAAUGAAAAUAUCAA